UAUGUAAUUGCUUCGGUUACAUUCAGUCUGCAGUCUGCCCAGAUAUGGUGGUCACAGGUGCUCCUGUGGAAACUGUGCAACCAUAGGAGAUACCACAGGGAGAAGAUGAUCUGCUGCAUCCUGCUGCUCCUCACACUGACCUCCUGUGUCUGUGGAACAUUUGUAGUGAAUGUGACACAGAGCUCCUAUCAGGCAGAGGAGAACCACAACAUCACACUGGAGUGGAGCUUCACAACCAAACCUCACACUCCACCUGACUUCCUUAUUAUCUUCUGUGAACUGAUCACUGAUCUCAGAGAUUUAGUCCUGUAUCAUCUACAUGAGGGUGUUGAGUCCCCAGAGUCUCAGGAUGAACAGUUUUCAGGACGAGUCCAGUGCGACAAAGACGUCCUCAGAGAAGGACGAAUCAGACUUCAUGUGUCCAGACUGAGGACUGAGGAUUCAGGACUGUACAGGUGUCAGGUCGUCACCUCUGAUGGGAGGAGCUCUGGUAAAUGUCGACUCAGCGUCUCUGCAGCUGUUGAUCAGCCUGAAACUCAGAGACCAACUGAGAGACCAGAACCAGAGAGUCGGGGAAGGAUCGGCCUCUACGCUGGACUGGGACUGACAGCAGCAGCAGCAGCAGCUCUACUGGUCAAACUCUGCUGUUCCUCAAGUCCUUGUUUCACUAAAUCUCCUGAUGAGACAGUAAACCUUUAUUCAGAGGUGUAAGAGUGACGUUCCUCAGAGAGCAGACGUCUCUCUGUCUCUGCUUCCUGUCACCCUGUUGGUCCAUGAGGCUGCUUUUCUCUGCACACCCAGUCUGACCUCUGACCUUUCACCUCUGUCACUGUCUCCAUGCGCCGAGAGAGACAAACAGAUUUUCUCCUGACUGAAGACCUCUCCUCUCUACGACCAAAGAUUCAGCUGUUUGCAGCCGACUGAGAGACGGCCGAGCUUCGUGCUGCCUUCAGGAUCCUCCCUGAGCUGUGGAACAAUGUCUCUGUCCCUGCAUCACUGUGCUAAAGAGGAUGAAGCUCUAAACAGUCACAGUACUUUAACUUUCCUCACUGUAUCACAGCUUAUAAUUAUAUCUUAAUCCUCUGUGCAUUGUAACAGAUUCAUCAAUAAUCAACUUUCAUCAUGUAAAGUUUAUAAUGUGAAUUUACUGUAAAUAAAUGUAUUUAUUUA